CAGCACCACCAUCAUGCGAUUACAGAGUGAAGUAAUGGAUUGUUGUGAAAGGAAAGAGGACAGCUACAAAUGCAAACUGCUGACACAAAUGAAAACAAAUGUACGGAAAUAUAUAAAAAAGAACAAGAAAUAAACAAAAAAAAAGAGGCAGAUGAAAAACACCCCUUAGAGUACAAAUAGUGCUCUAUAGUAAAGAAGCGAACUUUGGAUGAGUUUGGUAAACAAAAUAUGCGGCAAAAUGAAAGAAAGAUUAAUACGUACCUUCAUGGAGCGGGUUACGCAGUUGAUCCGUAAUUACAAUCUUGAUUGCUUGGAUUCUGCAAAAAGCACGGUAUCUCUUGUUUCGACUAUCGACUAGCGAGUAUACUAAGCUUCUCUUCUGGCCCGAAGAAAUGGCCUUUCAACCAUUCUGCAACCUUCACCAUGCCAUCACUGCAUAUCUGGCUCAGCUUGAUCAUAGUUUACCAUUUUUCAUGUGCUGAAGAACAUGCUGUUAAAAGAUGUUCGAGACUAGAAGAUGCGGCCGUGUGCAAUACUACUUACAAUUCCGCUGAACAAUGAUGCGUCUCCAUAGUUCAAAAUUUCCGCUUUCGUGUGAAAUUGCGUUAUGUUAUUAGAUGAACUCACUAGGUAUCCCGUAACUUCCAGAUCUUCUGGUCAACUACGGCUAGAAUGUUUCAGUGCGAUGAAGCGUCGUUACGCUUGUCAUAGCUCUACUCCUUUGUGAUGUAAUGUGCAUCACACAGUCGCUUAAUACAGUAUCGAAGUAACCAUCGAAACUCUCGCAAAUGAUUUACCAUCGCAAGCACAGCAAAGGGCGUAAAAUUGUUUUACGAUUUCAUUAGCCAAAGGGAAGAAAACGUCUAACCAAUCGCGUGUUUGUCCCUGCCGAUAGCGAUCGACCUUGUGAUUGGAAGUGUGAAAGUAACAGAAGUAGAACGGUAUAUAGCUGUCGAUAGCUUUAUACGAGAUGCUCGAAGUCCUGAUGGUGACGUCACAACCGUUGAGUGAAUGGACAGAGAAAGCUUCGUGUUGGGUAUACUUUUUUGCAGAUACUAAAUGGGAGAAAUCGAAGAAAGCGAAAAGGUCGUUGACUGGAUCGCUAGGCAGUGUUUUGACGAUGUAAAGUGGCAGUACCGAAUCAAACCCGAAAGGAAAACGCCGCACAUCGAAGAAGGAAAUAUCGCGCUUGAAGCCGCGUAAACAAACGUGCGAAGGACCACGAAAACCGUCUUCGUGUCCCGAUGGCAACCGGCAUGGGUUCGGUAUGGGCAAAAUCUUUAGCUAGGCCAGGUUCAGUUGACAACUGACUAUCGAUGGAGCGAGAGGGCAUCCUAAUGUAACGGAUCCUUGUGAUGUGAUAAACGGUGGAAAGUGUGGAACAUCCUAAGCAUAGCAUUGCAGUGUUUAAAUCUGAAUAUGUACAUUAGCCAAAUAAAACUGUGUGUAUAAACCGAUCGAGGAUAUUAAAAGCGGAAUUCGUCCUUUUGAUUUACAGUCGGAACUUAUCACGGAUUACUGAAACGAAAACUAAAGCAUUAUGAUCGACGACGAUGAAGAUGACUAUGACGGAUACUGUGAGUAAUGAUUGAAACGUGAUCACUUAAAGGAAAACCAUGAAAACAAAACAGUCUCCCAGCGCAAUGUUAUCAGUAAUAUAAAGAGUGGUGGAAAAAAAAAUUGGAAUAUUAGUACAACUACCUAGUUAACUUUACGUCCAUCUGGUUAAUACCAGCAUAAGUUUACUAAAGCUAUGAAAGAAGUAAUUUUGUUUUUUAAGUAUUAGAUUGAGCACCGACCGUUUCUUGGUAACAAAAACAUCGAGGGAAAACAGUCGUGCCAUGUUUUGUGAUACGAACGGCCUCUGAAUGACAACAUCAAGGCUGUUAAUACUUGGUGGUACUAGAAGCUUCAGUUUCUUUCACAAAAAAGUGUUUUUCUUAAUAUGUUCUCCUUGCUGCUUAGUACAAAUAGUUCAAAUGAUGUUUCAAAAUUCAAUCAAAUUUAAUACUACCAACCAUAUAUAAACAAAUUACUUUUUCAUGCUCAGUCCAGCAAAAUAAAACGCGACAAAAGGUAUAUUUUUGCGUGGAUUGCCACUUACCGCAAUUAAUUUGCACGGUGAAGUGUAUCGCGUGCAAAUUACUUUUAAUACAUACAAUCUCCCCUUAGAGGGUGAACUUCCUAAGCAUGCAAAUUAACAAACUGUACCUUAACCGCCGUUUCAUAUAUUUAACGUUUAACGUAACGAAACGUAUUGCAUUUUGUCAGGUUUUAGAAAUAUCUGGUAAAAAAACGCGGUUUUCUCAAAACACCAUCAAAAUAGAUAUGAAAAAUUUCUCGAACUCUCGAUUGACUUCACCAGAGAUGCUUCACACAAUAGCCUAGUACUUAUCGUAAUUGUUUCGUUAUUCUGUUUAUUCUUAAAGUAAGUUUUUUUUUUAAAUGUUUACUUUAGCUUUCAACCAAAAAUAAAUUAUUCAACUGAAAAUGUUCACCAUUUUGUCAUUAAUUGUAAACGACAAAAUCGAGUACUGGAAGAUGUUAGUAUUUUCUUUGAAAUUAUUUUCGAUGUUUUUUACGAUGCCAGUGGAUACCGCAAACCAGUGUUUUACAGCACGCCGAAAAAAGGAUUCUAAAACCGUAAAUUUUUGCGAUUAAAAGUACGUUUUUGGUUAAAUUUUAAAUAUGUAUGCUUUAAAACCGAAAGACUGCCCUCCGAUAUGAGGUAGAUUUUCUUUUCAAUAUCUCAAAAAUUAUCCUUCUCAGUGCAUAUCUCCACGCAAAGAGCGUCACAUGUGGUUGUUUAACUAUUUGAUUGAUAAAAGGUACCUUUUAUCUUCUUCUUCUUCUGUAUAUUUGCUUCUAGUUCUUCGACCCGCCAACGAGUACAACAUAAAAGAAAAAAUAAUUCAAGCAAACCAGGAAUCGUUCGCUAUUCCGACACCUCCUUCCCCACGCCAACAUACGAGCGGUGAACGGCGGGUAACCUUCCGGGAGCAGCUUGUCGACUACGAACCCGACGACUACAGCAGUGAGGAUGAUGGAUACACAGGGGGUAGUGGUGGUGGAGCAGGAGCUGGUCAUGGUCAGAAGAAACACGCCAUUAUCGAAACGGUAGCCGAUGUGCAUCGAGAUGGCAGUGAGAUGGACGGAUCGAAUGCGGACACGAUCAUCGAGGAGCUACACCUGGACGACCGAGGAACGACACCGGAACAGGAGCAUGAGGACGAGGAGAUAGUGGAAGAAGAGGAACAGCUAGCUGGUGAUUACGAUGAGGAUGGGGAAGGAACGGAUGAUCGCAUGGAGAAACAUAAGACUGGCGUGGAGGGUGAAUCGGCGGUGUCCGAAGAGGAGGACGAAGUAGAAGAGGAAACAGUGCUCGAGGAGCAAGUGGAAGAGGAAGAGGAGGAAGAACCGACCGAUGGAUCUAGCAUGGACACGGAGAUUCACAAUCCGGAGAGCAGUGAGGAUAUUAGCAGCAGCCCACUGAAGACAUAUCGCAGCGAGGCAGACUCCAGAUCCGGUUCUGGAGAUUCUCAGGCUGAGGAGACGAACCCCGCAGAAGAGGAAGGGAACGGAGAUAACGAAGUACAUUAUGAAGAUGAUAAUGAUGACGAUGGGCAAUAUUAUUGUGGCAGACUGGGUACAACGGGGAAUGAUGAUGAACGCGACUCAUCCUCCGACGGUGAACGUCCGCUGGAAGAGCAUCGCGUGAAACGAUCGUCAACUUGCCGCCGGAAGUGUUGUCGGCAUAAGAAAUCAGCCGGCGAAAAGUUACCGUACUACAAUGGCUUCCGUUCCGAGUAUGGACUGUCACGGGAAGAGCUGGAAGAGAAGAAGCGCCGGCUCGAAGCCCGACGGCAACGUGUUCGGGAGCGACAACAGCGCCGGACGGCGGAACAGCGACAGAAGGCUCAAUCAAAUGAGGAAGCGUUUGCGGCUUGGCUGCACGGAAAGUUACGGAACUCGAUCAACAAACAUCAGAACAUGUACGACGUGAAGCAGAGCGGUUCUUCCGGUCGUCAACAGCAACAACAGCAGCAGAACCCGAAGUACCGCCGUCGGAAUGGUAUUCACACAAUGCAGCAAAUUUCCUACGGUUAGAAAAAAAUUUGCCUGCGCUAUGUGGAGAAUGUUUUGAAUAAAAAUUAAAAUAAUUUACUUUUGCCUAGAUCGGAAA